UUUUAGUAAGAGAAAGAAAUAUAUAUUAUCCAAAAAUGAGGAGGAAAGAAUAGAAGAAAGUGAGAUGAGUAGCAUGGCGUGUGGAUGUUGGUACUACAACAACUACUGCUGUCCCCCACAGUCACGGUUGAAUUCUUCAUCAUCUUCAUCUUCAUCUUCGGUGCUGAAGCGUAGUCCUUCUACUACUUGUGUAUUUGUUUGUGUCUCUAAAUCCUCCAAAUCCAAAUCAAACGGUGGUGAAAUUGAUAAAUCGAUAAAAGGAUCAGGAACCACCGCUAGAGGUCGGAGAUUGCUUAAAAUUAGACAAGAUAAACAACAACGCGAACAAGAACGCGUUCACAAUUACCCUGCUUGGGCUAAAGUCCUUGAAGAUGCUUGUAAAAACGACACUGAACUACGUGCUGUACUUGGUGAUAGUAUUGGCAACCCUCAACUCAUGAAGGAACGAGUGGAAGAUAGAAUUCGAAAAAAGGGUAAAGACUUUCGUCGCUCCAAAACUGGAUCUGUUGUUGCCUCCAAAGUCACCUUUAGAGACUUCAAUCCACUUGAUUCAUAUAUCUGGUUUGAAUUGUAUGGUUCACCAUCUGAUCGUGACGUUAAUCUAAUUGGCAGUGUUAUUCAAGCAUGGUAUGUCAUGGGUCGACUUGGGGCAUACAAUUCUUCAAACUUGCAGAUGUCAAAUUCGUCAAUGGAUUAUGAUCCUCUCUAUGACUCAGAUAAGGGUUUCAAAGUGAUGCCGUCAUCUUUCCAUGAUAUCAGUGAUGUUGAGUUCCAGGAUAAUUGGGGGCGAGUUUGGGUGGACCUGGGUACUGCUGAUUAUUUUGCCAUUGAUGUGCUUCUCAACUGCCUUACUAAUUUAAGCUCAGAAUAUCUUGGUAUCCAACAAAUUGUUUUUGGUGGUCGGUCCAUGGGUGAUUGGGAAGAGGGGAUGACAAACCCUGAGUAUGGUUACAAGUACUUCAAGAUAUGAACAGGGACUGGAUGCAGUUCAUCCCUUACACUCGAUUUUGGUUUAAAAAAUGAUAUAAAGAGGUUCAGCAAUAAUAUGCAUUGAUAAGAAUAUGCCCUUGGAUGAGAUGGUUUGCUUAACCCUCUUAAGUUGUUCUUGGUUACCUCUUGCCCGAUAGGAUUUCUCGUACCAUAUGGAGCCAGAAGCCUUGAGAUUCAACUGUGUUUUGUUGUGACUGACAUUAGAAAUAAUAGAUUUAGUCAUGAGAAUAGAAUAGGAGUGGCUUGUGAAACUUUUUCCAUUUCAAAUCUGAUAUUAAAAUGGUGUAUCAAAAUAUAGGUAGAUUUAUCAUUAAAUUAGUUUGAUGCUUUGGUGGUAUGAGAUGUAAAACAAGCAUAUUCAGUACUUAGUAAUGUUUGUUAUAUUCUGGAAUGUUAUCUUGUGGCCACAAAAAGGUGCACCAUACUAAAAUGUGGUGUACCGAUAAUUGCAAUA